AUGAAGUUUUCAUCGGCGAAUUUGUCUCCAUAUAUGCUUUUGCCACCUGUACCAUCACCCUUAGUGAAAUCACCACCUUGGCACAUGAAAUUUGGGAUUAUCCGAUGGAAUUUGGAACCUUUGUUUCCGCACUCAUUAACACGUACGUUACUGUUGUGUGUGUACUUGUUUCGCGUGUCAUCCUCCUAUUAUUCAUUCUAUUUCAAUCCCAUCUUCCAAAAUCUCAUGUCCAAUAAGAAUAAUAAAAAUGCUGAUGAUGAAUGGGAAACCGAACCGGAUUUUGUGAAUGAUGUAACAGAGAAAGAACAAAGAUGGGGUUCUAAAACUGUUGCUGGUUCUGGACAUCAAGCUUCCGUAGAUAUGAACGCGUUAAAAGAAGAAGUGAAACAAGCAGAUCGUUUGGCUAAAUUGAAAAUUGCACCUAAACCAUCUUAUGGUUAUGGUGGCCAAUUUGGUGUUGAGAAAGAUCGAAUGGAUAAGUCAGCAGUAGAUUGGAAUCAUGUUGAAGUGACUGAAAAGCAUGCAUCACAGAAAGAUUAUGCAAAAGGAUUUGGCGGUAAAUACGGUGUACAAACUGAUCGACAAGAUAAAUCAUCUGUUGGUUGGGAUCAUAAAGAAACCGUAGAAAAACAUUCAUCACAAAAAGAUUAUGCGAUUGGAUUUGGCGGUAAAUAUGGUGUACAAACUGAUCGACAAGAUAAGUCAUCUGUUGGUUGGGAUCAUAAAGAAACUGUAGAAAAGCAUUCAUCGCAAAAAGAUUAUUCAAUUGGAUUUGGCGGUAAAUAUGGUGUACAAACUGAUCGACAAGAUAAGUCAGCAUUAGGUUGGGAUCAUCAUGAACAAUCUAGUCAACAUCCAUCACAAGUGGAUUAUGCUAAAGGAUUCGGUGGUAAAUAUGGUUUACAAACAGAUCGAGUUGAUUCAUCCUCUGUUGGUUGGAAUGAUACGCAUCAAACAGAAUUACAUCCUUCACAAAUGAAAGCUACUGUCAAUAAAUCAGACAAUUUAAGUAGUAUACGUGCAAGAUUUGAACAGAAAGUGAACACUACAUCUGGUCCAUCUAUUGCACAACAACGUGUUCUUGAAGAACAAGCUCGAUGGAAUGUUGAACGUAAAUUACAACAACAGCAACAACAACUUGACGAACAAACAGAUCAAUCCAAUGAAAAGUCAACAAUUAACUUGAUGACAUCUAAAUCGCCUGAUUUGAGUCGUCACACUGAUGAUCAUGAUAACGAAGUGGCGCAGAAUUCAAAUGUUGUACAAAAUUACACAACUUCUAUUCAUUCAAACAGGAUAAGUGAUAAUACUACUACUAAUACUACUAAUACUACUACUAUUCCUCCUCCUCCUCCUCCUACUAUUAUUACUACUGUUCAUGAUGAUGAUGAUGACGAUAAUGAUCAUCAUCAUCCUAAUCAAUCGUUACAUGAUGAAAAUGAACAAAGAGAUUCCUUUGAAAAUCAUGCACAUGAUAAUGUUGUACAUGAUAAUUCUAAUCAAAAUGAGGAACAAUUAUUAACAGUGUUCGCUAUAUAUGAUUAUGAAGCUGCUGAAGAUGAUGAAUUGACAUUUGUAACCGGUGAAAAAAUUACCGAAGUGAUAAAAAUUGAUCCAGGCUGGUGGAGAGGUGUUUGUCGUGGUAAAUUAGGCUUAUUCCCAUCGAAUUAUGUUGAAAUACCACAAUGA